UUGUGAGCGCCUAUCAUUCAAAGAGCUCCGUUCUUGGCAACACCGCACGUACCUAUAUAUGCAUACGUAGAAGGAGCGUAUACAUACGCAGACGGUCUCCGGAGGAGAUUGGGAAGUCAUUAUUCCAGUGAGGUUUCAGCGUUUUCGCCGGAAAGAGAGUUCCUUUUUUUUCCGGCGGAGAAUAUUACAGGUAAAUGAAGAGACGAACAGCGAAAAGAACAGCCAGGGCGAGGGCGGCGGCGAACGGCGGCGUUGAUAAUAUGAAGAAGGGGGGGAGGCUGGUGAAGUACGAGGCGUUGCCGGAGUACUUGAAGGAUAACGAGUUUAUAACGGAUUAUUACAGAUGUGAAUGGCCAUUGAAGGAUAUUGUUCUCAGCAUUUUCUCCGUGCACAACGAGACUCUCAAUAUUUGGACGCAUUUGGUUGGAUUUUUGAUAUUUUUGUGGUUGAUGGUGAUGAGCUUGACGGACAAGAUGAAGCCGGAGAACGUGAUCGCCGCUUUAUCCGGAGAGGGAAGUGACGGAUGGCUGAAGACCAAAAUGAUGAACCAAUCCAACGACUCCAACGCUAUUUUUUCGGAAUCUUAUGCAACACUUUUCGCAAAAUCAACAAUCUUUGGUGCGAAGGAAGACACUAAUUCAGUCCCGUUAUGGCCCUGGAUCGUUUUCUUGGUCGGCGCCAUGGGCUGCUUGAUAUUUAGUUCAGUAUCCCACCUCUUUGCCUGCCACUCCCGGCGUUUCUACUACUUCUUUUGGCGCCUGGACUAUACCGGGAUCUCCCUCAUGAUAGUGUGCUCUUUCUUUGCACCAAUAUACUAUACCUUCUCAGACCACCCCGAGUGGCGCUUUUUUUACCUCUCCUCAAUCACUCUUGUAGGCAUUCUAGUAGUUCUAACCCUGCUCUCCCCAGCUCUAUCCAGUGGACGUUUCAGGUCUUUCCGUGCAACCCUCUUUCUCUGCAUGGGAUUCUCAGGGGUAAUUCCAGCAGCUCAUGCAGUAGUUCUCCACUGGGGUCAUCGCCAAAUACUGUGGUCACUUGUAUAUGAGAUAGUAAUGGGGCUUUUAUAUGGUGUUGGGGCAGUGUUUUACAUGACUAGGAUCCCCGAGAGAUGGAAACCUGGUGCAUUUGAUAUUGUAGGCCACAGCCAUCAGAUUUUCCAUGUUUUCGUUGUUGCAGCAGCCUUGUCCCACAGUGCAGCCACCAUGAUUAUCAUGGAAUGGAGACGAGGUUUACAAGCGUAAGAAUUCACGACAAACGUGAACUGAUUGGAUGAUUGAGGGGACUGAGCAUCCUCCUAAUUGUUGUAUUCUUUGGUUUCAUAUAGUUUUCUUCUUUCUUGGAUAGUGAUGUUCAUAUUUGAUGCUUGUGAUGGAGCAUCAAGUAUUUUAACCACUGUACUUGUAUUCUUGGUAGCAAAAGGUAAUGUGGUUCACUGAUA